AUGGCCUCCGACCCUAAGCCUCUUCCUUUCGCAUACCAGUUCGCCGCAGGCGCCGUUGCCGGUGUCUCGGAGAUUCUGGUUAUGUACCCCUUGGACGUCGUGAAGACGAGAGUGCAACUUCAAACCGGAACGGGCGGCGCCGACUCCUACAAUGGCAUGCUUGACUGCUUCCGCAAGAUCAUCAAGAACGAGGGCGCCUCGAGGCUAUACCGCGGAAUCUCCGCCCCCAUUCUGAUGGAAGCACCCAAGCGUGCCACCAAGUUUGCCGCCAACGACGAGUGGGGCAAGUUCUACCGCAAGUUGUUCGGUGCCGAGAAGAUGAACCAGUCCCUGUCCGUCUUGACCGGAGCCACCGCCGGUGCCACCGAGUCCUUCGUGGUCGUCCCCUUCGAGCUCGUCAAGAUUCGUCUUCAGGACAAGGCCUCCGCUGGAAAGUACAACGGCAUGCUCGACGUUGUUCGCAAGACCAUCCAGGCCGAGGGUAUCCUGGCCAUGUACAACGGUCUCGAAUCCACCAUGUGGCGUCACGUUCUCUGGAACGCUGGUUACUUUGGCUGCAUCUUCCAGGUCCGUCAGCUUCUCCCCAAGGCUGAGACAAAGACUGCCCAGGUCACAAACGACUUGAUCUCUGGUGCUGUCGGCGGUACUGUCGGUACCAUCCUCAACACUCCCAUGGACGUCGUCAAGUCGAGAAUCCAGAACAGCCCCAAGGUUGCUGGCCAGACCGCCAAGUACAACUGGGCCUGGCCCGCUGUUGGUACCGUCGCCAAGGAGGAGGGUUUCGCCGCCCUGUACAAGGGCUUCCUCCCCAAGGUCCUCCGAUUGGGCCCUGGAGGUGGUAUCUUGCUUGUCGUUUUCACUGGUGUCAUGGACUUCUUCCGCACCAUGAAGGCAAACGCUUAA